AUGCCUCCAAUCCGCCUCGCAACAGCAUCCCCCGCAACAGCAGCAACAACAUCCCAAACCCUCUCUGACAUCUCCGCCCUCGCGUCCCGUGCCUCCUCCUCCGGCGCAGACCUCCUCCUCCUCCCCGAAGCCUACCUGGGCGCAGGCUACCCCCGCGGCGCCUCCUUCGGCUCCAAAAUCGGCUCCCGCGCCCCCGAGGGCCGCGACGAGUUCCUCGCCUACUUCAACGCCGCCGUCGACCUCGGCGACACCGUCGGCGACGCGGGCGCCGGCGGCGGCGACAAGUGGGUCAAGAAACAGCUCCCCGCGCAGCACGCCGCCGGUGCCAAGGUCGAGAGGGGCGACGGCUCGAGAGAGGAGCUGGAGAAGAUUGCCGCGCAGACGGGCGUUUUUUUGGUCGUCGGGUGCAUUGAGCGCGCCGGCGGGAGCUUGUACUGCUCCGUCGUCUACGUCUGUCCCAAGCUGGGUAUGAUUGGGAAGAGACGCAAAGUGAUGCCCGUAGGUUCCCCUCCCCCUUCUCUUCGAUAUAGUACUAUCGUGUUUAACACCAUCCAAAAGACCGCAACAGAACGUCUCAUCUGGGCCCAAGGCUCCCCCGCGACCCUCCGCGCCGUCUCCACCACAAUCAAGGGCGUCCGCAUCAACCUCGCCGCCGCAAUCUGCUGGGAGAGCUACAUGCCCCUCCUCCGCCAGUCCCUCUACGCCCAAAACAUCAACCUCUACCUCGCCCCCACCGCAGACGGCCGCGACACCUGGCUUCCCCUCAUGCGCACCGUCGCCUGCGAGGGCCGCUGCUUCGUCGUCUCGUCCAACAUGGCCGCCAGGCCCCUGACCACCACCUCGUCAUCACCAGCAACGACCACGACAACGGCGGCGGCGGCAGCAGCAUCAGACAACGACAGCGGCAUCGAAGACGCCCCAGACGCCCAAAUCUAUCCCCCUCGCGCCCGCCGCAACUCGUGCCUCACAGAAGACGGCAACGAAAUCGCCCUUCCCGGCGCCAGCAACGGCACCAGCACAAACGGCACAAACAAGACAACAACAAAGGCCACGACCUCGACGAAACCGGCCCUCGAAUCCAAAGACUGGGUCUCCCGCGGCGGGUCCUCCAUCGUCGGCCCCUUUGGCGACGUUCUCGCCGGACCGCAGUGGGAGGACGACGAGGGCAUCAUCUACGCCGACGUUGACUUUGAAGACUGCAUUCGCGGACGCUUGGACAUUGACGUCGGGGGAAGCUACUCGCGCAACGACUCCUUCAAGUUUUCCGUCGAGGGACUGGACCUGGAUCCCCUGCCGUAUUAA